GAUGCUGGGAUCCCUGGCGCUCUCCCAGGAAUCCUCAGAAUGUGAGGUUUCUCUCAAAGGCAUCUUGCAUCAGCCUGUGGAUGUAUGCCUACCACUGGGGCUCCUUCACCGGCAAAGCGGAAAAAGAACCGUUUCGCUACAAAUUCUUCUUUUUGGGUUGGGGGAAACGCAGUGGAUUAUAGCUCUGUUUGCUUCUUUCCAAAACUGUGCACCCCCGGAUGAAAGGAGAUCUACGACUGGUCUGGGGUUCCAUGCUCUAGAAAGUUCCAAGGCUUGUGGCUUGAAUUAUUUUGAAGAAGCUGAAAUAAUUGAAGAGAAGCAAAGGCUAGCUGUUUCUGAGGAUCCUGCUCCACAGAGAAUGUCCUGCACCUGUUGAUGCUCCAGUUCCGACACCACCUUCUGCGAUGAUCCUGGUUCCCAGAAUGCUGUUGGUGCUGCUCCUGCUGCUGCCUAUCUUGAGUUCUGCAAAAGCUCAGGUUAAUCCAGCUAUAUGCCGCUACCCUCUGGGCAUGUCAGGAGGGCACAUUCCAGAUGAAGACAUCUCAGCUUCCAGUCAGUGGUCGGAGUCUACAGCUGCCAAGUAUGGAAGGCUGGACUCAGAAGAAGGGGAUGGAGCCUGGUGCCCUGAGAUUCCAGUGGAACCUGAUGACCUGAAGGAAUUUUUGCAGAUUGACUUGCACACCCUACAUUUUAUAACUCUGGUGGGGACCCAGGGGCGCCAUGCAGGGGGUCAUGGCAUUGAGUUUGCCCCCAUGUACAAGAUCAAUUACAGUCGGGAUGGCACUCGCUGGAUCUCUUGGCGGAACCGGCAUGGGAAACAGGUGCUGGAUGGAAACAGUAACCCCUAUGACAUUUUCCUAAAGGACUUGGAACCACCCAUCGUGGCCAGAUUUGUCCGGUUCAUUCCAGUCACCGACCACUCCAUGAAUGUGUGCAUGAGGGUGGAGCUUUACGGCUGUGUCUGGCUAGAUGGCUUGGUGUCUUACAAUGCUCCCGCUGGGCAGCAGUUUGUGCUCCCUGGAGGCUCCAUCAUUUAUCUGAACGAUUCUGUCUACGAUGGGGCUGUUGGGUACAGCAUGACUGAGGGGCUAGGCCAGUUGACAGAUGGAGUGUCUGGCCUGGACGAUUUCACACAGACCCAUGAAUACCAUGUGUGGCCCGGCUACGACUAUGUGGGUUGGCGGAACGAGAGUGCCACCAAUGGCUACAUUGAGAUCAUGUUUGAAUUUGACCGCAUCAGGAAUUUCACUACCAUGAAGGUCCACUGCAACAACAUGUUUGCCAAAGGUGUGAAGAUCUUUAAGGAGGUGCAGUGCUACUUCCGCUCCGACGCCAAUGAGUGGGAGCCUAAUGCUGUUUCCUUCCCCCUUGUCCUGGAUGACGUCAACCCGAGUGCCCGGUUUGUCACGGUGCCCCUGCACCACAGAAUGGCCAGUGCCAUCAAGUGCCAAUACCACUUCGCUGACACCUGGAUGAUGUUCAGCGAGAUCACCUUCCAAUCAGACGCUGCCAUGUACAACAACUCUGGAGCCCUGCCCACCUCUCCUAUGGCACCUACAACCUAUGAUCCAAUGCUUAAAGUCGAUGACAGCAACACUCGCAUCCUGAUUGGCUGCUUGGUGGCCAUCAUCUUUAUCCUCCUGGCCAUCAUUGUCAUCAUCCUCUGGAGGCAGUUCUGGCAGAAGAUGCUGGAGAAGGCCUCCCGGAGGAUGCUGGAUGACGAAAUGACAGUCAGCCUUUCCCUGCCAAGUGAUUCCAGCAUGUUCAACAAUAACCGCUCCUCAUCACCCAGCGAACAGGAGUCCAACUCCACUUACGAUCGCAUCUUUCCCCUUCGCCCCGACUACCAGGAGCCGUCCAGGCUCAUACGAAAACUCCCAGAAUUUGCCCCAGGGGAGGAGGAGUCUGGCUGCAGUGGCAUUGUGAAGCCGGUCCAGCCCAGUGGCCCGGAGGGGGUGCCCCACUAUGCAGAGGCCGACAUAGUGAACCUCCAGGGGGUGACAGGCGGCAACACCUACUCAGUGCCUGCCGUCACCAUGGACCUGCUCUCGGGGAAGGAUGUGGCCGUGGAGGAAUUCCCCAGGAAACUCUUAACUUUCAAGGAGAAGCUGGGAGAAGGCCAGUUUGGGGAGGUUCAUCUCUGUGAAGUGGAGGGAAUGGAAAAGUUCAAAGACAAAGAUUUUGCCCUAGAUGUCAGUGCCAACCAGCCUGUCCUGGUGGCCGUGAAAAUGCUCCGAGCAGAUGCCAACAAGAAUGCCAGGAAUGAUUUUCUUAAGGAGAUAAAGAUCAUGUCCCGGCUCAAGGACCCAAACAUCAUCCGUCUCCUAGCUGUGUGUAUCACCGAGGACCCUCUCUGCAUGAUCACUGAGUACAUGGAGAAUGGAGAUCUCAAUCAGUUUCUUUCCCGCCAUGAACCUCCAAAUUCUUCCUCCAGCAACGUACCCACUGUAAGUUACACCAGUCUGAAGUUUAUGGCUACCCAGAUUGCCUCUGGCAUGAAGUACCUUUCCUCUCUUAACUUUGUCCAUCGAGAUCUGGCCACACGAAACUGCUUAGUGGGUAAGAACUACACCAUCAAGAUCGCUGACUUUGGAAUGAGCAGAAACCUGUACAGUGGUGACUAUUACCGGAUCCAGGGCCGGGCGGUGCUCCCUAUCCGCUGGAUGUCUUGGGAGAGCAUUUUGCUGGGCAAAUUCACUACAGCCAGUGAUGUGUGGGCCUUUGGGGUUACUCUGUGGGAGACUUUCACCUUCUGCCAGGAGCAGCCCUAUUCCCAGCUGUCAGAUGAACAGGUUAUUGAGAACACCGGAGAGUUCUUCCGAGACCAGGGGAGGCAGACUUAUCUUCCUCAACCAGCUAUUUGCCCUGACUCUGUGUACAAGCUGAUGCUCAGCUGCUGGAGAAGAGAUACCAAGCACCGCCCCUCAUUCCAAGAGAUCCACCUUCUGCUCCUUCAACAAGGGGACGAGUGAUGCCACCCACGCCUGGCAACAUUCUGAUGGCCCAGGUCCUCCUCACAAGACCUACCACUCACCCACGCCUAAGCCACUCCAUCUGGACGUAUACGAACCUGAGAGACAGCGGCUUGUUUGCUUUGCUCUCUCUCUGUUCCUCACCUCCUCCCACUGCACUCCCCCACUCCCUACCCCUAACUCAUAUAUACUUCUUUUUUUACAUUAAAGAACUAAAAAAGGAAAAAAAAAACAAAAACAAAGCCUAGGACAGAUACAAUGUAGUAAAAGAAAUCUUAUUUGAUAUACCAAAACAUUAGAUAACAAAGGCUAGAAUAUUCAGAUAAUUUAUAAAGGUUGAAUAUGCUUGUGUUUAUAAAUGUUCAGAUUCUAGAAUAUUUUUUCCAUGUCACCUGUAAAAAAAUAUCGUCAGAAAGAAAAACUUGGAGAAUACUGAUGUCUUCAGAAACAUGACAUUAGGCAUAGGGAAAACACCUGAUAGAUGUGGAGACUCUGAGGACUCAGCAUUAAGCAACUAAUCACAGAUGGUUUUCUAAUUUGGCUUCUGGACAUGUCCCACUUUCUGUAUUUGCUUCUCCUGUCAAAGUGGAUGACACUUUCUUGGAAACUUCCAGUUUCUUGGAAUGGGUGUUUUGGUCAUUCACGGACAGGGGUCAGGGUUGAAGUUCAUAUAUAAAACAACAGGGGAUGUGGAUAGGAAAGAAUGCCUGUUCCAGGGCUAUGUGAAGGGGAAUUGUCAUAUUAAUAAAAGAACCUCAUGCAUGGAAGGAUUCUUGAGUAGAUAAUGGACAUAGGAAAGCAGGUCUGUGCAGAUGGAGGACAAGUAACAGGUGCACUAUCCAUUAUUCACCGGUGAUUUCUGCAGAGAGCUCUCCGUUUUGUUCAGACAUUUUCGUGUUUCAUGUGUGUUUCAGUGAGAACCUGAUUUUUAUUGAAUCAGUAAAGACUGGUGUUGUGAUAUCUUGAUAGGAAGCCCUUUGGUUCAUCUUGUCCAAAUCUUCCAGCUCCAAUUAACAUGGAUGGAGCCCCUGUGGGCUCUUGGACUGGAGGCUGAAUUUCUCAGGCAUAAAUUCCUAAAGGCCAUGUAUAACAGGGCUUUGUAUAGAUCUGUUCUAAGUGUCCCCAAAAGGCUGACGUAGGACCAAUGAGAAGUUAUAGGGAGACAGAUUUCCACUCAUUAUUAAGGAAAACAUACGAGGAUCAAUGGGCUGCCUCCAGAGAUGUCACUGGAGAGGCUCAGAUGUAGGCUGAAGAACAGUGCAAGAAAGAUAGAGAUUUUCAAACACAAGGUAGAUGGUCAUACAAGACAAUAUUUAAUUGUCCCGGAGGGUCCUUGAUUUCAGAAUGGCAGAGAAUGCGUGUCCAUUGCUGCUGUGUAGUAUGUACACUCUUGCCUCUGAGACGGGGUGGCCAGCAGAAAAGAAAGCGUGAGGCUCUGGCUUCAGAAUUCAUGGAGAUGAAUACAGUGUCAAGGAGGAGUCCCCUAAGCACAGAUUCUGGGCUUUCACACUCCACAAAUCCUCAGAGUCAGUGGGAAGCUGGACACGGGAACCCUUAAUUCCCAUUGAGGAAAAACAAAUAAAGAUUAUAGAAUAAGCUUCCCAAGCUGAGAAGAAACAGUCUUGACCCCUUGAGUCUGUCUCUGUUGUCCUCACCAGACCACCUUCUACGCAGUUUCUCAGGAACACAUUUUCCCUGUUUAGCCUUCAGCAUUGUUCCAGGCCAGAGCAGAAGCAUAAAUCUCAUGUCCCAAAGAUCCAUCUUGGCCAGGCGUGGUGGCUCAUGCCUAUAAUCCUAGCAUUCUGGGGGGCCAAGGCAGGAGGAUCACUCAACGUCAGGAGUUUGAAACCAAAGAUCCAUCUUGCAGGAGGUCUUCUGACCCUGGCAAAUGCCCUUUCCCCAUAGUUGUCCUAUGACUGUGUGCUUUAGUCUCUUCCAGGACUCACUUUGGAGAGAUCAUUGAUUUGAGAGCUUUGAUCAUCUUUCUGCCGCAAGCCAAGUGUGUCCUCCUGAGUAAAUCACUUUGUCUCUCUGCAUUUUGUUUCCUUAUCCAUAAAAUGAGGAAAUUGGGUUAGGUGGUCUUGAAGUUCCUUCUGGUUCUGAUAUGUCCAGUACUUGCUGGAUAACUGGAUCUAUAACUGAUGUGGAUUCAGUAAUUUGGUCACUCCCCUACUAUGAAAAUUGUAGAAAUGACAAUUUUCAGAGUCGGAGUUAUUGUAAUCACUGUAAUGGUAGUAACAGUAACAUCCGCCAUUUGUACAGUGUUUUUGUUUGCCUGGCUCCACAUACAUUAUCAUAUUUGAUGCGUGCAGGGCCAGACAUGUUCUCUUAUACCUUGGGAACUGCCACACCCUGCUUUCAAUAUAAGUGUUAACUUCACUAGAAUUAAAGGGACUUGAAAUCAGAACUUAUUCUCCUUUAUCUACAUGCCUUUGAUAGGGCUACAUCCAGACCAUGUCAUGACUUUUUACAUAGCAAGAGAAAAUAAUAUCGGUUUCCUUUCCUUUGCCUAACAUCCCUCCACUUAUUUCUUUUUUAUGAUUCUUCCCCAAUUCACUGGGUAUUCUAUGAUCCCAUUUAAAAAAAAAAAUCAUGUUUAAAAUGAACUUACUAUGUCUGGAUUUUCCUGGCUUUGAAUUACAGAAGUAAUCUGUUGCAGGUGGCUUUCAAAUAUGUAUUAUCAUAUAAUACAUGUAUGUAUCCUUUUUGGAGAUGGGGAAAUCCUCAUCUUCUGGCACUGACACCUUUUUAUUACAGGCACAGCUUUAACUUGUAGCUUAAUCAAGCCUGCAGAGAUGAGUAGCACAAAUCUAAGCAAUACAUAGAGUACUAUGGCAAAAGCUUAGUUUAUAGAAUUUAAAAGUAGCUUGGAUUUAAAUUAGAAGAAUGAAACUAGGACAUAUUUGGAGAAGGAGACAGAAAAAAAUGACGAGAAGCUCGGGGGCCUCAUUACCUUUGCAGUGAGUUAUCCUCUUUGUGAAAUAUGUGAAGAAUUUUAUGGCCAGAUUCUGUUGUGGGAUUGUCAGAUCCAAAUUUAUACUCUUGCUAGUUAAUGUGCUGAUGGCUAGUUCCAAAUCUCGAUGUGCUGUCCAGACAAAUAUGUGAUUGGAAAAUACCUGGAGGGGAAAUAGGCGCCUGAGGACAAAAAUGUGGUUUUAAUGCCGUGGAAAGAUCACUUGUGGGUAUAAAAGACUGUGUAACAAGGAGGGUUGUAAGCAAGUUGGGGUUAAAAAAAAAAGGAAACACGAAUGUGCAUAUGACUGACUAGGGAGGCAGGUGAAAGCUGGAAAGGAGGCUUUGUGAGAAGAGGCAGUGGGGAGUGUACAGGGAAGACAAGAGGGACUCAGGGGAAGCAGGAAAUGGGGGUAGCUGGUUCUGCUGGGAAUCCAUUUUGAAGCAAGAAAGCAGAUCUCUCUGAAGAGAGGUCCAAGUGAGGGUAGAAAAAGUAAGUGUCUUGAAGUAAAAGAUAAAGGUGGAUGGAGAAAGAUGAAAUUCUGCACAAUAGAGUUUAGAAAGAUAUUUAUUAAAAAAGGGACAGUCAGGUGCAGUGUAUGAAACGGAUGGGAGUUUUUCAGAGUUUUAAGAAAGGGGGAAGUCCCUCGUGGAAAAGACACAAGCAGCCAUCAGGGACUGAUGGUUUCACUGCAGAGGAAGUGAAUGAGGAAAGCAUGUUGAGCAUCCGUGUACUCUAGACCACUUCAAGUGCUGGUAAGAAGAAAUCAACUCUUUGCCUGAACUGGACUGGGUUUUCCAAGUGCUGCUUUGGAAAUGAAGACGUAGAGAUGGGCAAUUUAUGGUAGUUCAUGAAUCUCCAUGUUCCCUUCUCUUGCCUCUCUCAGCGAAAUCCAUUUCAAUAACGCCUAUCAUUGCAGUGCCCAGAAUGGCUACAAACAUUAAAAUGAUAUGCAUGAAUUAGAUAAGAGUAAAUCUUGUCUACACAAAGAGGUAUGUGCCAUGCUGGAAACAUGUGUUUUUCUAGUCCCAUCCAGGCUUCCCACAAGAAAGCCAUGAUGUGCGGCUAAGCCAUGUGUUUUGAGUAAAGGAGAACAGAGGAAAGGAAGUGUUUGAAAGAGGGAAAGAGAUGAGGAUGUUCCAAGGAAAUAUACUAAAACAGAACAGCAUCUGUUUUGCCCAAAAGUACAAAAAAAAAAAAUUAAGAAAAUUACAGUAUAUGGCUAUUAAGUCUUUGAUCGUAAGUCCAAUUCAUAGACCCAAAAUUUUCCAUCUUAGUCUUUUCAGUAAGACUUCUGUCCUCUGGUAGUGCAUGUGGUAGGUCCCUAAUGUUCUUUCAUCUCCAGGAAGAUGCAGUUCCUAAUUUUUGCUGGGAAAUCCUUCUGAAUUGAAAUUUGACAUUUUUGUAGAAACAGAUGAAUCUUUUCUGCUUGGUAAAAGUUUUGGAGUGCUGAAUUGAAAGGGGAAGAGAUUGGAAUGGCUAAUGGUGAUUUGGUUUCUGGCAUUUCGAGUUCUCUGUCACAAUUAGCUGCAUUGCUUGGUAGCAAAGGAGUGGUGAGUAAUUGUUUAGUUGGUGCAUCCUUUUAAAAACACUUGUUAUUUUGAAAUAAUUUAAGACUCACAAGAAGUUGCAAAAAUAGUAGAAUGGCUUCCCUAGACCUAGCUUUCCCCAUUGAUAAUAUUUUACAUAGUCCAUUUUCAACCGCAGUCUAUUUUCAGAACCAGAAAAUUGACAUUGGUAUAAAACUAUUUAACUAAACUACAGACUUUGUUUGGAUUUCACCAGUUUUUCCACAUGUACUCAUUUAGUUGCUGGAUACUUUUAAUUCUUGCUGAUUUGUAAUCUGGCCUUGUUUGGAUACAGAAGGAAAGAUAUCAUCUGGAUAUAAUUCUACAAAUUUCAAGGGAAUAUAACAAGGUAAUUGUUCCUUUAUCAGUGAGCAAUAUCCUGCCUACACUGCUUCUAAAUUUUCCAAUUAGUUUGGUUGUUUGGCACCUGAAACAAUCCAAGAAAAAUUUAAAAGGAUUGGGCAACACAAAUGACAGUAAGGCUUGUCCAUAGCUUGUUGGUUAGUGAAGCAGGUAUAGAAGGAUAUGUUAGAUGGUUCCUGCAGUUUCUAUGAGUAGAAUUUGUUGUGGACUUUAGAGUAACUAAUAGUUUGGUCAAGAGUUAGGUGGCACUUAGCUAAUGGCACCAGGGAUUGCUUUUGGAAGAAAUAUAAUAUAGUGGUAUAAGACUCUAGUAUGUGAUAAAAUAUUAUUUUCAGAGUGGUAGAGAAGUUUUCUUUGCCUAAAUAUCUGUUCAUAAAUAACAACUACAUUGGACCAAACUAAAUGCAAACAUAGAAACAGCCCGGGGAAAAGGUGAACCUCCAGUUUUGUGGAUUACAGCUUUGGGUUUUGUGAUGACAUUUUCAAGUGCCCCAUUAAAUGGUCACAAGAUUAUAACAGUAUGUGUCUUGUAAAGUCCCUAGGACAUCGUGAGCACCAGAUAAACAUUUUUUGAAUGUUGUUUUUAGAAUGAAUAAAGGAUGGAAACAAAAACUUGUAAUCCAGCAUAACUAGGGUGAAUUCAGGGACAAUGUUUACCUGUAACAUUGAGUGUAUAUUUUGAAAUGAGGAAAAAGUGCCCAGACUUGUACCUGGUGAAGUACAUCCUUCAAUUGUAUACCUUCUGAUAGCGAAAAAUCAAUCUAUGCAAAUGCUUCAUUCUUUGAGGUAUUUAGGCGGCAAUGAAAGGUAAUUCUCUACACAGCACUGGAUCACAGGCAGAGACCAGACUGUGGCCUCAAACACAGGACAUUUGAAACAAGCUCUCUAGUUUCUCCUGCAGAUAACUUGUCAACAAGGUCAUGUGCCUCUGUAGGAGAAUGAGGAGUCCCAUGCUAGCCUAUACUCGUCCACAACCACAAUUGUGAGUCCAGGAAGGAUUUGGAGAGACUCAAGGGGAAAGCACCAUGGGGUAAACUGAUCACUUUCCGUGAAAAACUGUUUUCUUGAAAAGAGGCUUGGAAACAAUUGACAAUUGGGAGGAUUCCUGCUAACACACCGAGAAUCUGUAAUCUAGCCUACCCAUGUUAUGUCCUUUAUUAUUCAUGAUAUCCUCUUUCUUCUACCCUGUUGUCUGGUAACUUUUCCUGAGGACUGAGUUUCUGCAGCAAUGUGGCGCACUCUUCUUAUGACGCGGAAACAUCUGGGACUUAUUCUGCAGGCUUUGGAAGAUGAUGUGUCUUGUCAAGGGACAAAUAGCCAAUGGAUUUAAUUUCUGCUUAAAACUAUCAUAGUCAUUCCAGAAUAAAAUACAUAAAAAUUCUCUGUAUUAAAAAAAAGAAACGUGAUACCAAUUGUAUAUUUUCUUUUCUUUAUUUAUUCUCUGUAAGUCUGUCAGAUGAUAAAUUGUAAAUAACAAUGAUUAAAGAGUCAUGCUACUGA